AUGAAACCCUCAUUACGAGCGCUCUCCCAACUGGCACCGCGCCGCGUCGAACUCGCCAACUACGACGCGCAACAAGUCGAAUAUAUGCGAGAAAAAUGUAUAAGUGUCGACGAGAAUGAUCGAAUUAUUGGGGCGAUAAGCAAACGGGCGGCUCAUUGCUCAGAGCAGUUAAUACUUCAUCGCGCCUUCUCCGUCUUCUCGUUCACCGCCGACAACAAGUUAUUGAUGCAGAAACGAAGUGCUGAAAAGAUAACGUUCCCAAACCUGUGGACGAACACAUGCUGCAGUCAUCCCCUCCACACACGACAAGAAAUGGACGGUGUCAUCGGAGCGAAGAGAGCGGCGAUCCGAAAAUUGGAGCACGAAUUGGGAAUCACCGGAAUCGCGACGUCACAAUUCCAGAUGUCCGGACGAUACAUCUAUCAGGCGGAGAUGGAAAAUGCUCCGUGGGGAGAGCACGAACUGGAUUAUGCUCUGAUUUUGAGAGGUGUUGGAAGAGAUCGGUGUCAGAUAAAUGAGAAUGAGGUGGCAGAGGUACGAGAGAUCGGAUUGGAUGAGCUGAAAUUGUGGAUGAAAAGAGAACCCGAAUCGUUCACCCCUUGGCUCAAACUGUUCUCCCUGACGAAGACGUUCGAGAAGUGGUGGUCAAAGAAUGCGGAUAAGACGACAGAAGAUAAUAAUAUCUAUAAAUUACACUAA